AUGAUGCUUCGAUUAAGGGUUCCAUUAGCUAAACAAUUCCUCACUAAAGGGGGUCCAUCGCUAAGCCCCUCACUCUUCAAAGCAGUUUCAAGAAGUGUGACAACCAAUGUCCAUACCCAUACAGUCAAAACACCAGUCGGUUUAGAUGCUGCAAUUCAAACUUUGAAGCCGAAAACCACAAGAUUGUCAACCGAAGGUCCAACUGAGUGUCCGCUUGAUGGGUUUGCAUUGUUGAACUCCCCAUUUUUCAACAAAGGCUCAGCAUUUACCGACGAGGAAAGAGAAGCUUUCAAACUUGUAGGACUCUUACCAACACAAGUCAAUACAUUGGAAGAACAAGUCGAUAGAGCUUAUGCGCAAUUCAAAAUUAGAGUUGAUGAUUUGGCCAAAAAUUCAUUCAUGGAUUCAAUGAGAUUACAGAAUAAAGUGUUGUAUUUCGCCUUGGUUAAGAAGCAUAUCAAGGAAAUGUUGCCAAUUAUAUAUACCCCCACCAUUGGUGACGCAAUUGAAGAUUAUUCUCAUAGAUUUAGAAAACCAGAAGGUUGCUUUUUAGAUAUAACAUCACCAGAAACGAUUGAAGAGAGGUUGGCUUCGUUUGGAACUGAGAAGGAUAUUGAUGUUGCUGUCAUCACUGAUGGUUCAGCAAUUUUGGGUAUCGGUGAAUGGUCAAUCGCAGGAAUUCUAAUCACAAUUGGUAAAGGUAGUAUUAUUACCGUUGCAGGCGGUAUUGACCCUACAAGAGUUUUGUGUAUCGGUAUUGACGCAGGUACCAACAACAAAGCUCAAUUGAAUGAUGAAUUGUACAUGGGAAACAAGUUUCCCAGAGUAGAAGGGAAACAAUACUAUGAUUUCUUGGACAAGGUUGUUAAAGCGUUCAAAAAAAGAUUCCCAUCGUCUGUUUUACAUUUUGAGGAUUUCGAAACUACAGCAGCUAGAAAAUUGUUGGAGUCUUAUCGGGAUAAAUUACCUUGUUUCAAUGACGAUAUUCAAGGUACUGGGUGUGUUGUUGUUGCUGCUUUGAAAGCUGCUCUCAAGGCCACCAAUCGUAAAAUGGAUGAUAGCAAGAUUUUGGUUUACGGUGCCGGAUCAGCAGGUAUGGGUAUUGCCACUCAAAUUGCAUCAAAUUUGAGAACCGAUGGGUUCACCGAUGAGGAAAUUCAUUCAAAAUUGUACCUCAUGGACAGAUAUGGCUUAAUCACUGAAUCAACCGAAGCUACACCAUCGCAAAAAGUGUAUGCUAAACAAGAUAAAGACUGGCAAGGUAUCGACAAGACCAACUUGGUUGAAGUUGUUGAAAAGAUUAAACCGACAGUGUUGAUUGGCUGUUCAACCCGCCCCAAGGCAUUUACUGAACAAGUGGUCAAGACCAUGUACAAGUACAAUCCAGAUCCCAUCAUUUUCCCCCUUUCCAACCCAACCCGACUUCACGAAGCUGUGCCUGAAGACUUGAUGAAAUGGACAAACAAUAAAGCAUUGAUUGCCACCGGAUCACCAUUUGCACCCGUUAACGGUAUCGCCAUUUCCGAAAACAACAAUUGCUUUGCGUUCCCCGGUAUAGUUCUCGGAUCUGUCUUGUCACGUAGUUUGAAAAUCAGUGACGAAAUGAUUUCUGCAGCCGUUGAACAAUUGAGUAUCUUGUCCCCCAAGAUUCGUGACCCCAAGGGCGGGUUAUUGCCGGAUAUAACUGAGAUUAAUGAAGUCAGUGCUAAAGUUGCUACCGCCGUUGUGUUGGAAAGUUUGAACCUGGGGUUGGCUAGAGUGGAAAGUGAACAUAGACCAAAUGGGCAGUAUGUCAAUGUACCAAGAGAUUAUGAGGCUUGCUUGGCAUGGGUUAAAUCGCAAAUGUGGCAACCAAUUUAUCGUCCAUAUGUGAAAGUUGAACAUAUUCCUCAUAUUCAUACCCAUCAAUAUUAG